GACGAGGCUGCUCCAGCUGACAAGCAGUACAAACAGGAGCCAGCCCAGGUCGCUUACUCAACAUCAGCUGUUUCCAGCUCACAGGAGGUGUUGUACAUCAAUGGCAACGGGACCUACAGUUACCAUAGUUACAGAGGGCUCGGAGGUGGGCUGCUAAAUCUCAACGAUGCUUCUAGCAGCGAUCUGCAGCCUACCUCCACCACAGCCGCAACUCAGCACUGUGUCCCAGGCACCACAAACGUCCAGUCCCCUUCCAGCUCAGGUCCAACAGAUCUCAGUAUGAAGAGGCAGUUAGCAACCAGCUCUGGAUCCUCCAGUAGUUCAAGCUCUAGACCCCAGCUGAGUCCAACUGAAAUAAAUGCAGUGCGGCAGCUUGUGGCAGGGUAUCGAGAAUCGGCCGCGUUUUUAUUGCGUUCUGCAGAUGAACUGGAAAACCUUAUUUUGCAGCAGAACUGAGUCAUGUGACCUUCACACUGACCUGGUCUUAUCUCAGAGUUUCCACUAAUGACAUUUUGAUUUCCCAGAGCACACACUUCAGUUACUGCACAGUCUUUUAGGAGAGUUAAUUACCAUAAUGCCACACUGUUCUUGAUCCAUAAAGUGAUGUGUUAAGGUGCUUCAAGUGAACUUCGACCUCUGGUAUUGCCGAGGUACUUUACUGUGUCCAGCCUAUUGCUUUUGUUUUAGUGUGUCAGCAUAAAUAUCGAAAAAGUGGCUAGAAAUUAACUCGUUCUAACAAGUGGAGCAAACAGAAGAUGCUGUGAUGGUUUAAAAAAAAAAUGGUUCAAGAUCCAAGUGCAAUAUUAGUGGAAUGUGAUACUGACUCAUUGGACUUAAAGCUGCAGUGUAUGGCAAAACGUUGCCAAAUGUCCUGUUGCUACAGGGCACAAUUGCAAUUAAAAGGAUCUUGUAUUUUAAAAAAAUGUAAUUUUUAUAAAAAACGAAACAAAAGAUUUUUGUUUUCAUUCAAGAUUUUUCAUUUUUACUUUGGUAAACUUUUUCACUGGUCCUGAAAAUGUUUUGAGGAGCUAUUUUAAGUCCCCCCUUCCUCUCUUGAACCUCUGACUGUGUCCUUCUCCCCCACUUCAUAUUCUUUCUACAACGAGUAACUCUUGAUGCUGGAUAAUUCUUCCCCUGUGUACUGUAAAUUGUCAUCUGUGGAAUACCUUCCAAAGGAAGCAUGCAUUUCCUGCAUUCAUACCAUUCUCAACUCCAUUCUGUAAUAUAUUGCAGCUUUAUUAGCAAUUAAUAAAGAGUUGAGGGUUUUUUAAAAAAGACAUAUCAUUGAGAAAAAAGAAAAAAAAAAGAGAAAUUGAUUUCUUACGGUGAGCUCAUCUAACUCCAUGAUCACUGCUGCUGUCCUAUACAAGUCCCUCUAGUUGUGAUUGGAUGUAGGUGAUGAAUGUUAAGAGGUUGCAAGUGACAAUCUGAAAAUUUGCACUCUUGUGUGUAUUUAUUUUUUUUUCCUUAAUUUAAACAAAAUUCUUACUGAGGAAGGUCAUUGACACUUCUGGUACGAUUUGUAUAAUUCCCAGGCCUAGCUAAAACCUGUACAAAAAUGUAAAUGGAUGCAGCUGCAACUAUAAUAAAACUCUUCUCUCCCCUUCCCCACUCUUCCCAACCCCUCUAUUUCUUAUUUUAUAAUAUUGAUCACACAUUAAUGGUGUUUUCUUUGUGCACUACGGCAGGCUUAUUUUUAAGUAUAUAGAAAAAAGUACUUUAGUUUAUGCUUACUGUACUAUCUGUUCUGUUGUUUAGCUUUUGUUGAAUAACAAGUUUCUUGUGCAUUCCUAAAUUUGCCUUAUUUCAUGUACAAAAUUUUAUGUAAUUCCGUUUUUGACAAUGAGUUUAAGGCAUCAGUGAUAUUUUAUAUCUACUUGUUACAUAUAGUUUUCCAAGUAAUGACUGUGAUUGUGACCAAGUAAUGUGCACUUUUUCUUGUAACUGUGGACAUUGCUAUGCUUUUUUUUCUCUAGUGUUUCUAGGAUUACUGUUGCUUACAGUUAUGUAAAAGAAAAAGAACUUUUGUGAUACUGUUGGUGAAUAUUAAUGUGAAAAAGCCUAUGAAAUAUGAGUAUUUUGGAGGUACAUAGAUACACAAACAUCUCUAAGUUGUGGACUGAUGUUCACAUAUUUAAACAAGAAUUCAAAACCUGAGGGCUGGAAUCAUUUCCUCUGUUUUGUUUGGGUAAAUAAACAGAUUUCUGUGUUUAAA